AUGGCGGCGAGCAGAGGGGAGGCAUGGAGGCGGGGCCGUCGGACGCGCGCGCUCGCCCGCUGUCAACGCCGACGUAGUGACCUUCCAUGGCGGUUCCUCUGCCGCCGCGCCCCCAUACCUCUACUGUUUGCUCCCCUGUCCCUCCGCUCCGCGGUGCCCAUGCUUUCUCUGUCGUCACCGAAUGACAAGAUCGAUAGGAUCCAUCGCAUCUCACGAGACACCCGGCUGCAGCUGCUCGUCGGCCAUGCGGGGAGCACGGACGAGCUGCUCGUCGGGCAUGUGGGGAACACGGACGAGCUGCUCUUCAACGUGUUACCUGGAGAACAGAAUUUUGUUGCAACAUUGAUAGAAAGGCGUGACCGGAAGAAGCAGCCAACUGAAUUUGGAAUGAACCAAGUCCUCCAGCCAUUUCAUAGUGAGAAGUUCAAUUUCACUAAAGUUAAACCAGAGGAGGUGAUCUUCAGGUUCCAAGAAACUGAGAAUGAUUCUGCCCAGUAUUUUGACGGAGCUCCUCCCACUGUUUCAGCUUCUCCUAGCAGCAUUUUGAUCAACGUGAGCCCAAUUGGGUACUGUCAUGUGCUUUUGAUCCCUCAAGUCCAGGAAUACUUACCGCAAAGGGUUGAUCAAGAGAGCUUCUUACUGGCCAUGUACGUCACAAAGGAGGCAAGAAAUACCUUCUUCAGAGUUGGCUAUAACAGUCUGGGUGCCUUUGCAACAAUCAAUCACCUCAACUUCCAAGCAUACUAUCUGAAAGUGCAAUAUCCAGUCGAAAAGGCGCCAACAGAGGGACUAACAUUCAUAGGGAACGGUGUCGGCAUUUCUCAGUUGGUGAAGUACCCAGUAAGCGGCUUUGUAUUUGAAGGAGGAGCGGGCCUGGAGGAUCUGUCACAGGUUGUCUCAAAUGCAUGUAUCUUCUUGCAAGAGAAUAACAGACCUUUCAAUGUUCUUAUCUCUGAAUCUGCCAAGAGAGUAUUCCUUCUACUACAGUGCUAUGCCGAGAAGCAGACUUCUGGAAAGGCGAGCCAGGAAAUUCUCGACAUGACAAUCAAUCCAGCAGUCUAGGAGCUCAGCGACCAUCUGGUUCUGAGGAGGAGGAAGGACUACGACGAAGCAUCUGAGGUAACAUUAUGCAGGUUUUUGGUUGAAGCAUCCCUGUCUGGAGCAGAGUUCCGGGAGCUGAAGAGGUGA